UGUUGUUUAACCGAUAGCAAAAUGGAAGAAGAUGAAAACAACAUGGCAAAUGACAAGCAUGUACUAUUUGCUCAACGCACUGUAGCAAAGCGACUACACACCAAACUUAUUACUCGAAUCGGAAACCUCUUAAAGGAUAAGCCAAGUGCAAACGAUCUAAGAAGCUAUUUCGCCGACCUUGAAGAAGCUUUAAGAAGAAUAAUAGCUCUCCAUACGCGUUACACCAGCAGGCCAAAUUUAACUGAGGAAGAAGCAGUGGCUACCACCGCCUGGCUUAAUGACGUCCAAGAAUCCAACGAAAGCUGUCUGCACAGAAUGAAAGCAUACCUUUCGGCUAUAGAUCACAAAUCAUCAAGGAAAGGAAAGAGACAGUGUACUCAGUGGAAUGUGAGUCAGCAUAAGAGUCAUGUUGAAAAUGAUGUAUCGGAAUCUAGCAAACACUCUCAAUUGCCACUAGUUGACACGAACAUAGAUCUUGAAAUGCAGCUGCAGCAAGCUAGGUCCAAACACGAGCACACACUCGCCGAAGUGAAAAGAAGAGGAGAGGAAAAUUUAAGCAAAAUCCAAGCAGCAAUCAAUGAAAGAAACGGUUCCAUACAAAGAAAUCGCCAAUCAAUUGCUCAACCAUUCACUUCUACACCCAUUGCAUCAGCAUGUGCUAGUCUACUUGAUCGACAGCCACAACGGUACUUACAAUUUAACACAACAUCUCAUAGAGAGGGACAAUCACCGGCAAUACAAUACUCAUAUCCCCCACCUGGUCCAUCCAGCUAUCCACCGCCAGCACACUGGCCCAAAAUACCGAUUUCAAAAUUCAAUGGCGACUGUCGCCGCUGGCCAGCUUUCGCCCAAGUAAUGAGAGCAACAAUAGAAGAAACUGCACUACCAGAUCUCUACAAGGUGCUAGCUUUGCGCGAAAAUCUGACUGAAGACAUUCAGAAGAGAAUGGCACACCUCUUCAACGGUUCAUACAACUACUCACAAGCCUGGAAUGAGUUAAAAAACAAAUAUGGUGUGUCAGCAUUAAUUAUUCAAGCUCACAUCCAUCAUUUGCAGAUGGUCCAACCUUUCAGAAACGGUGACUUUAAGUCGCUUGCUGAACUCGCCUCUCUCGUCCGAGAUGCAGUAUCAAGUGUAGCCGGAGAUCCAAGCAUGAUAGAAUUCACGCACUCAAUAGUAGUCAACCAACUUGCAACAAAACUUCCCUUUAAUUUGCAGCAAGACUGGGGACGAUACGCAUACAAUCUUCGUCCUAAAAUCUCCUCUUUAGCCGAUUUCGACUGUUGGCUUGACGCUAUCGUAGGAGCGGAAGAGUUACGCGGAGCUAAAAUCAGCAGCUACAUACCACCUAAGCAAAAUCCAUCCAUGCGCUCUGCAGUGGUCUUCCCACCCACGAUUCUGAACGCCUCUAUUCACGAAACAUCAGAAAGACCUGGCAGAGCAAACAACGAGUGGCCUGCGUGCCUGGCUUGCAACGAUAGUCCCGGCCACCGUCUUGAAGCAUGCGUGAUAUUUCGCAAAAUGUUACCAUCCCAGAGAGCUGCCUUUUGUGGACAGAAUAAUCACUGCUUUAAAUGCUUACGUCCUGGACACUACGGGCGCUCCUGCGGGAACACUGACAUCACGUGUAAUGCCUGUCCCGGCAAGCACCACACUCUCAUUCACGGAGCAGACCGUGUUUUCCUGGCAGGCCUCAGCCGAAAGAUAAGGAGACUGUUCAAAUAUUUCUAG